GCAGAUGGCGCAGUCGAGCAGCUUUUACAUAAAAGUAAAUGGCGCAGAAGAACAAGCACGAACAAAAUUAAUCCGUUAAUGGACGACUUCACUUUUUUACUGCAAGCUCUUAACUAGCUUUCUUCCACGUGUGACAGAUCGGUUGUCCGAACAGAUGUCUAAUGAAAAACUAUUUUAAUAAAAUAAUUGAUUCGUGAUGAAGAGAGUCAUCAUUGGAAUUGGUGGAUCGCAUCUAAAUGAUUUACUAGAAUGACAAAUGGAGGAAAGACUACGCUGAGUAAACACCUUCAAGACGUUCUGCCUAAAAGCUGUGUUAUUUCUCAAGACAACUUCUUCAAGGAUGAAUCAAUGGUCGCUGUUGAUAUCAAUGGCUUUAAGCAGUUUGACGCUCUGGAUGCCCUGCACAUGGACAGGAUGAUGAGUGAUGUUGACUCAUGGCAGAAUGACCCUGAGAGCUUCAUGACAUCUCGUGGUCUUACAGUGACAUCCGCAACAUCACAGCAACCCAAUGUUCUUAUAGUGGAAGGAUUCCUCAUUUUUAAUCAUGGGCCUCUUAAUAUCUUAUUUGACAAAAGGUUCUUCCUGCAGAUACCAUACGAGACAUGCAAACAGAGAAGAAGCUCACGAGUCUAUGUGCCUCCAGAUCCACCAGACUACUUUGAUGGUCAUGUUUGGCCCAUGUACCUGAAGAACAGAAAAGAGAUGGAAGAAGCUGUAAAUGACAUUGUGUUUUUGGAUGGCACCCAGAAGCAAGAGGUGUUGCUGUCCUCUGUUCUUGCAGACAUCCAGGAAAUACUUAUGGUUACGCAGAGCUGAGUUAUCAUAAAUAGCCAAGUAAGGCAGUUCUCACAAUGAGGAACAUUAUCCCAAACUGCCUGCCACUACAAAUACACUAUGACUACAAUACAUGUACAUUAAUGCUUUAUUUUGCUGCCUCAUUGUAGUGCUUCCUGUCAUUAUCCACCAUCAUAUGACAAUUUGUAAAAUAAACAUAACAGAACACAUGCAUAAAUAAUGCUUUAAAUCUCGAUAAAGGAAGGAUUGUGCAUUUUUAUACAUUUACAAGCUAAUUCUUUUUUGUUUUUAAAGGUUUUUUUAUUAAAUAAUGUUUAUGUUAAAUAUUUUCACUAUGUGAAAGUGUAUUAGUAGUAUAUAAGAAAUUAAAUACUAUUACAUGCUGUUC